AUGGCAGCUGCUCCAUCUUCUCACUUAUCUGCAUCUCAGUCCUUUGCAAAAGUGUUCUCCUCAUAUCAUGAACAGUAUGCCGAAGCUGGACCGUCGAGCGCUCAGCUCGAUACUCCAAUACGAUACGAUGUGGUUUUGGACGAGGAGGGAGGAUUAGUGACCUCUCUCAUGGGAACGCUGGAGCAGGCAAUCAUUAUAUCUCUGACUACUCACAGGCUGCUUCGCGAGCUGGCAGCUAGCGACGAUGGAGAAAUGACCGACGAUCUAAAAGAUGCCUUAAUGAACGAACAUCGGACAUGGCAGCUGGUCAGAGCAGUGUACGACGUUCGUCUACAUCGUGCGGAUCCGGCUUUCGUCCGUGUAUCCGCCAAAGCUCAUCUCGCUCAAAAUCCAUAUUCCUCUCCUGAAGAGUUGACCCAAUACAUGGUCAAUGAGGAUUCCGAGCUCAGUCUCCUAGCAAUGCUAGUGGACCACUUGCAGACCCGUACUUUACUGGAUCAAGCACCUCCUCUCGAAGCGCGUCACGGAUACCUUCCUGCAACAAUUCGGCGGGCCAAAGCGACAAUGCUCUCUGCGACACAUCGUCAGAACCCGUCCCUCGAUCCUGAUUUUACUCUCCGAGACCCUCAUGGAUCACACCUUGCGGGUGAAGAUCAGACGUAUCAGGUACCUCUGCUCGAGACAUUGUGGGAUCUCGUUCGGCAUGGAGAGCUGGAUCAGGCGUUGAAAAUCUGUGAGGAAGGCGGUGAACCAUGGCGGGCUGCUUCCUUGAUGGGCGGAAGGCGAUGGAGCAUGGGAGGGAUGACUCAAGAUUCCACAACCGGCCCGCUUGAGGGCAACAGGACGAGAAAUUUGUGGAAGAAAAGCUGUAGAGCGAUAGCGACUAAUCCAACGUUGAGCACUGCUGAAAGGCGACUCUACGGCGCGCUCAUAACACACCUUCCGACCCUUUUACCCGCCUGCGAGACGUGGGAAGACCACCUCUGGGCACACAGUCAAGCAAUGAUGGAAUCGCGCCUAGACCAGAAGUGGAAAGAUCUGGCUGGGUUCUGGGAGCAACAAGAACAGGUUCUGGGAGUGGAUGAUGGAUCCCAAGUCAUCCAAGGAGGGAUUGAUGAUAUUUUCGCUCGUCUAGAUGAUUUUGGUCGCGAAGAUAUCCACUCGUCGUCUCUGGAUCCGUACCGCGUAGCUCAGAGAAUGGUCAUUCAGGGUAGAGCGGAUCUCUUGCUGGAUCAAUUUGCCACGCGUUUGCCGGAGAUCGAUACGGUCAUGGCUCCGGAGUUGAUCGCUCCGCUCGUUCGUUUCUUCAGUCACCUUGUCCUUCUACUCCGCACGCUAGGUCAGCCUGUACCAGAUGGUGCAGCGAAUCUCAUUCUGGAGAAAUACUUGUCUAUCCUCAGACUCGAAGGCAAUGACAGUCUUGUGGCGAUGUACGCCGCUUGUCUACGAGAAGGCAGCGGCGAGGAGAGCUACGCGAGGUUCUUGCGAGGUAUGGAUCCCAAUGCAACCCGAGAGGCAAAGUAUGAGGCUUUGAAUCGAGCCAAGCUGCAUAAUCUCGAUAUUGCUGUCAUUGUGACGCAAACAGUCCGAAUGAUUCUUCAGGAGGCCUUUGCUUCCAUACCCGCACUGAGAGGCGACCAGCCAGAUCCGACUCAUUUGCGAACAGGACUGGACGAACGUGAUGUCUUCUUGAUACGAUCAUUGGAAUGGCUCACAAUGGUACCGGAUACAGCGGACGAGGCUUUAGUUCAGUCCAACGCAGUUGCUCGUUAUUUUCUGGCCCUGGGACAAACACACGCCGCUCAAUCCCUUUUCCGGUCUCUACCAGCUGGCAUCUCAACCAUCGCUGAGGAUGAAGACGGAGAACUACAUGCUCUCGAGCACGAUCACUUCCAACAGCUAUUCAACGUCUAUGCCUGUCAUGACUUAGUGGACGAGGUGCUAGCGAGAUCGCCCAAAGCCACCGCAACGAAAACAGAGCAUUUCAACUGGCGCAAAAGCCUUAUCACUGCCAUUGACAAGACGGAGAAUGCGACUGUGACACUGCUUACAUGCGAUUGGUUCCGCUUCGACCUGCGAGCAGAGCAACAACGCAUGAAAGAGCUCGAGCGAAUCCGCCAGAUCUUCGUCCCUGAUCUCACUGUCCGCUUACACGAUCUCCUCGUUGCGCACAAAGCACAUCAACCGAUCCUCCUACAACGUGCUUUGGACCUCAGCAAGGUCGUCGCGGCGGAGGAGUACCAUGUCUAUCAAGAGUUCUUUGGCAGGUCAGGAGGUGACCCAUACAGGCUAUCAGCAUAUCUUGAACGCAUCCGCGAGGCAAGUUUGGAGGCCUUGAAGUCGGGUAGCGGGGCUGCGUUUGUAGUGAAGGCUUGA